AAAUCGAUUCGUUCACAAAUCGAGUAUUGCUCAUUGGGGCGCAUGUGGAGAUCCAUACAAAAUGGAAACACGGAGUUUGGGAUUCAUUGGAAUCCAAUUUAUCGCUAAAUAUUUCUCACACUUAGCCAACAUAUUAUAUGCACAACUAUAUUGAGGCUAGAUUUUGAGGGGACUGAAAGAUAGCCUAAUGUUGACAUUUAGCCUCCACAAAUGUGAUUGAAAACGUCUUGUGAGUAGAUUUAAUCGAUGCUCAUCAGUAACAGAUUUAUUUCCUUUUACCGACAUACAUUUAGCACAGAAAUAGAUGGAGUUUUAUUUUCUCUUUGUAUUAACGCCAAUAUGGGACUUUUAGCUUUAAAGCAGUAAUAACUCAGGCGCACAAUGGAAGGGAUUACUAAAACCUGAAUUACACACAAAGGCACGUGUAGCCCGCCCUCCCUGAGCCUUUUAAAGAAUUUAAUCACAGUCUUUCCUCAUUAAACUGGACUGAAACAUCGCCUUGGAUUGUGUGUUAAACUUCUAGAAAACAUGCGCCUGGAAACACAAACGCACAGCGGAGUUUUACUGGUGGUCACAUAAAUAUCAUGAAUAACGUUAAGUGAAUAUUGUUGGACGAUGAAGAGAGCAGCUGGUGAUCAGAAACCACCUUUGGCACCACAACUGAAGGUUCUCCCAGCACCGAUGCAAACAGAACAUCCACCUGCUUCAAAGCUGUGUGUUUACCAGCCUUCCUCACCAGCUGUUAAAUGCAAAGUUAAGCCUGAUGUGGCACCAAAACCAUGCCUCUCCAAACUCCCCCCUCCAGCUUUCAAUCCGAAAUGCCUCACAUCCAAGGUUGGCCAUCAACCUGUGUCACAACAAACGUCUGACAUCACAAAGAACGUUGGUGCUUUAAAUGUCAGAAAUGAAGCGCACACUGGGAACAACAAGCCGGAGUGGGAUUACAUCAUUCCCAUCUGCGUAUGCAAUGACCGAAACUGUGCCGAUUGCUCACCACAGGAAAAGAACCAAAAUGUUCGUCAACAAAGUCCUGAUAAGUAUAAAGAGAGCAAAAACGAAGGACCCAGAAAGAGCCCAUUAAAACCUCCAUGGAGAAUACCAGAAGAACAGAAGCAUUUAGUGACACCUAAUUUGUCGAAGUGCAUCUCCGAACACAGUUCAUCCAAUAGUAAUCAUUUCCAUCCAACUGAAAAACCUCGGAAAACGUCCCAGAACACAGAGCCAUUGAAAGCACAUCAGAGUGGUUCUGAGAUGCAGUUGACCAGGAAGCACCAAAACAACAAUUUCUCUAGUGUUAAUUCAUCUGCUGAUAGCGAUCCAGAACCUCUAGAAUGUCAACAAGUCGUAAGUAGUGCGCAAUAUUAUCCGUCCACUACAAAGCCACCUAAAAAAGCACCAGUAGCCACGCAGCGCAAAACUUUGAAGGAACAAUCCAGCAUUGUCCUUCAGGAGUCAACAGGCCUUACCAAAAAAGAGCUUACUGUCUUACCUGUUGAUGUAUACGAUCCAGAUCUCUUACGAGAAGAAAGUCUGAAGGUGAAUAUCAAUGCUGUAAGACAUUCUAGAGAGAACAAAUAUCCUCAGGCCUCAAGGGGUGCGAAAAGCACCCAGUGCAUCAGCCAGAAGGGUGCUCCAACUCCUGCCCCACGACAGAAGACCCCUCGGAUGCAACAAAAUAAAUCCCAGGAUAUUGGUGUACAGGGAACUGGAAAGAAAACACAAAAUCUGGAUGCAGUUGAGAUUUUGGUAUCAAGCAAUAAAGACACAAUGAAGAAGACCCAAAAACUUCGACCUGAUGGCCACAGGCACAACAACAUUGGGGCUACAGAGCUUUCAGUAGCUAGGCUUCCUAAAAAGACACCAGCGUCCAAAUCUCCACUGAGAAACGAUGGUCACAUUGAAGGACAUCUCCCUCUUGCAGUUGAGAAGAAGCAAGCAAGUCAUGUGCCAAACAACAAGACUCUCAAGCCAAAAUCCAAGUCCUUAUCGUCAGCAGACACCCAUAAACCCGAUGGCCUCAAGAAGACCUCUUUUCUUAGGAUCAUGGACCUUGAACCUGGCAAAAAAGUGUCCAAGUUAUCUGUCAAGAGUGGACAGGAUGUCAGUCUUGCUCCGGUUAUGAAUGAACAGUCAGUGGACACCAAUAAAAGCAAACACAAUGGACUCCCAGAUGCACUGAAUUUGAGGCGAGCAGUGAUUGGGAACAUAUUAGGAGUUGAGCAGAGUGUCGAUGAAGAUCUGGAGAAUGCUGGUGAAUCCGAACAUGCAUAUGAAGAUAUCGCAGAAUAUGAAAACCUGCCUCCUUUUAGCCCUGCGAAGGCUCAGGAUGCCAAUAAAUACCAAUACCAGUCUUCAAAAUAUGUGGACGAUGGUAUUUAUGAAGUCCCUGAUGUGUUCCCAGAACACUGUGUAGAUGCCAAAAAGCAGCGGUUUCUUGAAAGAAAUGUGUUGGAAGAAGUGCUGGAAGUGGAUGAUACACAUUCAGAAGAUGAUGAAGGCAGCUCAGAAGAUGAGGAUAACAGUGUCAAUAGAGAAAAACAGACUGAAGCGAAGAAGAACAAGGCUGCGCACAUUGUAAAUGAGAUCUCGUCUUCAGAGAAAAUAUUUGUGAAAGUGCUGAAGCUCCUCCAUGUAGAUUUUCGUGACGCGGUGCUGAAGGCCUCCUGUCAGGCGGGGAAACCCGUAAUCGACGAGCGAGCCUUGAACCAGAUCUUGUGUUAUUUGCCGCAGCUGUACGAGCUCAACUGUGAUCUGUUGAGAGAGCUGGAGGAACGGGUUGCUCACUGGAACGAGCAUUGUGGUGUAGCGGACAUAUUUGUGAAGAAAGGUCCUUAUUUGAAAAUGUACUCCACUUAUAUUCGUGAGUUUGACAAGAAUGUGGCCCUUCUAGAAGAGCACUGCCGGAAAAACCCAGCGUUUGCCAAAGCCGUCCGAGAGUUUGAGAGCCUUCCAUGCUGUGCAAACCUGGCAGUGAAACAUUACAUGCUGAAACCCAUCCAGAGGAUUCCACAGUAUCAGCUGCUCCUGACCAGUUAUCUGAACAAUCUAGAUGAAGAAUCGCCAGACUACAAAGAUGCAGAAGCUGCCUUAACGAUAGUAAAGGAGGUGGCUAAUCAUGCGAAUGAAAUCGUAAGGCACGAGGAUAACAGCCAGAAGCUGUAUGAGGUUCAGUGUCGCCUGACUGGGAAUCAUGUGAUCGUCCAACCAGGAAGGGUUUUAUUAAAGGAAGGGAUCUUGAUGAAGCUCUCCAGGAAAGUGAUGCAGCCUCGAAUGUUCUUCUUAUUGAAUGAUAGUCUUCUGUACACCUCGCCGGUAGCAACGGGUAAUUUCAAACUGAACAACAUACUGUCACUGGCUCAGAUGAAGGUCAGUAAACCCAGUCAGGAGGGGUAUCAGAAUGAGCUGAACAUCGAGAGUGUUGAACGAUCUUUUAUUUUAUCUGCCAGCUCUGCCGCAUGUCGAGAUGAGUGGCUUCAGGCCAUUUCCACCGCAAUUGACGAUUACACCAAGAAGGAGACCACAUUCACCUCAGUCAGAAACCCUGAGAUGGCACCCCAAGAUGUUCCAGACAGUGGGGCCCAGCUGGGAUCCAAAGCCCCGAUAUGGAUCCCAGACCUGAGGGCCACUAUGUGCAUGAUCUGCACCUGUGAGUUCACCCUCACCUGGAGACGCCACCAUUGCAGAGCCUGUGGGAAGGUUGUGUGUCAGGCCUGUUCAGCUAACAAACAGCCGCUGAAAUACCUGAAGAAUCACCUCGCGCGAGUUUGUGAUCUCUGCUUCUCCGCUUUGCAGCAAAAUAGUUCAGGUGACCAAGUACCCAGUAAUUCACUUCUGUCACCUACUGGCAAGUCCCCCGCUGCCUUUCCCUUCAGAAAGCAGAAGAAAAUACCAGCAGCCCUGAAAGAGGUCUCGGCGAACACGGACGGGUCCUCGAUGAGCGGCUACCUGGAGAGGACGAAGGCCAGCAGAAAACAGUGGAAACGGCUCUGGUUUGUCAUCAUGAACAAAGUUCUGUACACUUACGCUGCCAGUGAGGACGUUGCAGCUUUGGAAAGCCAGCCUCUUUUGGGAUUUUCUGUCCGAACAGAGCAACCCGAAUCUUCCCUGCAUUUUAAACUUUAUCACAAAGACACUGUGUACUACGUCUUCAGAGCGAGUGACAGCCAGAUCUGUGACAGAUGGAUUGAAGCGAUCCGGGAGGCCACGGUCCUCUAAAUCCUCGUCUUGAGACGUUUCCAGAUCUGACCAUCGUACAGAAGACACACACAUACAUUAAAACCCAUUCAAAUGAAGGCACACCACAUUUGCGUGCUACCAAGUUGUUUUAAGUGUUGUGAAUUGAAUGUUUUUAGUUAUGAAAUGCUUCUCCAUAACAUAUCUGAUCAUGCAUUUGCAUUAUAUAUACGACACAUCCUUUUAUUAUGCUGUUAUAUGCUUUACGGCAAAUACUCUGUAGGUUGAAUUUAAUAAAUGUA